AACGGUAAUGUCCGGACCAGUUUAUUCUUUUUCGGAAGUUUUGGACUAACUAUAAGGAUUGUUUUUAGGAUGGAGAAGGUUGACUUGAAGAAAUUUAGAUGCCAAGCAAAGGUGUUGGGAACAAUAGUAACUGUGGCUGGAGCCAUGUUAAUGACAUUGUACAAAGGCCAUGUCGUUAACUUGUUAUGGUCAACUAAUUCUAGUGUCCCUGAAACUAAUUCCGACAAAGAUUGGUUUAAAGGUUCAAUUCUCCUCAUUUUUGCAACUCUUGUCUGGGCUUCUUUCUUCAUUCUUCAGGCUAUAACAAUGAGGAAAUAUACAGCUCCAUUAUCGUUAACAGCACUUGUUUGCUUCAUGGGAACCUUGCAAUCUAUAGCAGUCACAUUUGUAAUGGACCACAAACCUUCUGUUUGGACUAUUGGUUUUGACAUCAACCUUCUUGCUGCUGCCUAUGCUGGUAUUGUAUCAUCAAGUAUAGCAUACUAUGUACAAGGUGUUGUAAUGGAAAAAAGAGGACCUGUUUUUGUGACUGCUUUUAGUCCUUUAAUGAUGAUUAUUGUUGCAAUUAUGGGCUCUUUCAUUCUUGCUGAAAAAAUCUAUAUUGGAGGAAUUCUUGGUGCUAUGCUCAUAGUUGCAGGGCUAUAUUCUGUUCUGUGGGGAAAAUAUAAGGAGUACAAAGAAAAGGAAAUUGAGGAGGCAAUAAUUCCUGAAGCAGUGAAGGCAGUUAAUGGAAACAAGCAAAUGAUGAUUCUUGCAAAUAUUGAAGAAAUUAAUGACAUAGAGAUGCAGAAAAAUAGUGAAGGAAAAAGAACAGUAUCAGUAGCUAUCAGUUUUACCAUGCCACAGCCCCCAAUGUUGGCUAGGGAAGCACCAGAAGGCUUGAUAUAAAUUAAAUAUGAAGAGAUGAUGGGAAAAAAGAAAUAGAAGGAAGAGGCAACAGAGAAUGCCAUUUUGUCCUUCUACUUUUUCCCUUUUUUCCCUUUCUCUUAAUUUUGAUAUUAUAUACAAAUAUUUUUAGAGUAAUUUACUCCUUUUCUGACCUUAAGCUCGUAAAAAAUAACAAGUGUUCUCUCUAUUGAAAGAUAGAUUUUGAAA